AUGCCAGCUCCAUUCGGGGCCCUGUCCCCUUGGGCAGAGCGAGAUGUCCCAGCCAACAAAGAGACACCCGAGAAGAGCCUAUUCGAGAAGUACAACGAGAGUCUGCAAGAGCAACACAACAAGCCAAAGGGGAGCUUGAUUACAAAGGGUUUAGUACGCGAGGGCAACGCUCUGAAGAGUCCCGAGGCAUACACACAGCCAUUCUGCGACUUCUUGACAGAGAAUCCGACGGUUUGGCAUGCUGUGGCCUAUUUUGAGAAGAAGCUGGAGAAAGCUGGGUUCAAGAAGCUAUCCGAGCGAAAGACCUGGAACGACGAACUACAAAAGGGAGGCAAAUACUUCGUUUCAAGGAAUGGCAGCUCGUUGAUUGCUUUCACAAUUGGAGGGGGAUACAAGAGCGGAAAUGGUGUGGCUAUGAUUGCUGGUCAUGUCGAUGCUUUGACUGCACGACUGAAGCCUGUGAGCAACAAGAGGACCGCUGCUGGGUAUGUGCAGCUUGGUGUUGCUCCAUAUGCUGGGGCAUUGAACCCGACAUGGUGGGAUAGAGACCUUGGGGUUGGAGGGAGAGUUUUGGUUAAAGACUCGACUGGGAAGAUUACCACGAAGUUGGUAAAGCUUGGGUGGCCCAUUGCUCGAAUUCCGACCCUCGCUCCCCAUUUCGGUGUUGGCAUGUUUGGGGCGAACAACACCGAAACACAAGCCGUUCCCAUCAUUGGUCUCGACAACUCCGACAUCGUGGCCGGGGAAGAAUUCAAAAACCUCACCUUGGGAGGGGAGGGUACAUUUUCAGCCACCCAACCACCCAAGCUCGUUCGUACCAUCGCUAGUGAGCUCGGCAUUCAAGACUACUCUUCGAUCGUCAACUGGGAGCUCGAGCUCUUUGAUACCCAGCCCGCACAAGUUGGAGGACUGGAUAAGGAAUUCAUCUUCGCCGGAAGAAUCGACGAUAAGCUCUGCUCCUGGUCUGCGAUGGAAGGUCUUCUUGCUUCAGCAGCUGCUCCUACGUCUGAGGACGAUGGCAUCGUGAAACUAGUUGGCGUCUUUGACGAUGAAGAAAUUGGCUCCCUCCUUCGACAAGGUGCACGAGGGAACUUCUUACCCGGCACGGUUGAGCGGAUCUCCGAAUCGUUUGCCAAGGGGAGCAGCGCCAAUGUUCUCUCUCAGACAUACGCAAACUCGUUCCUGAUUUCUGCCGAUGUGACACACGCCGUGAACCCUAACUUCCUCGGUUCAUACCUCGAAGGCCACGCUCCUCGGCUCAAUGUCGGGCUCGUCGUCUCCGCUGAUUCCAAAGGCCACAUGACGACAGACUCCGUGUCCACCACGCUGCUCACACGCAUUGCGGAGAAAUCUGAUUCCUGUCUUCAGCUCUUCAUGAUCAGGAACGAUUCUCGCAGUGGAGGGACUGUUGGGCCCAUGCUCAGCUCUGCGAUGGGAGUUAGAGCGAUCGAUGCAGGGAUCCCGCAGCUGAGCAUGCAUUCUAUUCGUGCCACAACUGGCGCAUUGGAUCCGGGGUUGGGGGUGAAGGUCUUCAAGGGGUUCUUUGAUAAUUUUGAGAGUGUGGAUAAAGAAUUCGAAUGA